GAGCCGUUUCCGGUUUCGUUUGUUGUUGUCUGUCCUGUUUCCGGUGAGGAUUCAGCCGCAGCUGUUCAUGGUUCCAAAAUGACCAAACUCCAGCUUCUGAACGCUUACCUGACGGAGCGGCUGACGGUCGUGGUGAAGGAGAUCCUGGACGUGGUGGAGGACACGGUGACCGAGUACCGGGAGGAGACCGCCCGGACCAAGCGGGAGAACGAGAGCCUGCGGAGGCAGCUGCGGGACAUCCUGCUGCUGGAGGCCGAGACGGAGUGGCUGAGGUCGACCAGGUCCCGUCUUGGUUUUGCGGCCCCUGAGCAGCCGUCCUGUGAUCUGGAGGCGAGGCCCCGCUCUGAGGAGCCGGACUCCACCCUGAACCAGCCCCGGCAGCCUCCAGCUAACACAGCCAAGCCAACGCACGAUCAGAUUGUUUCUGUGCAGUUACUGUCGAUCCAUGGCGACCCGGGGCCGGGGAUCCUGCCGGGGGACCAGAAGCCCUCUGAGUCCUGGGAGCCGACGCUGAAGCCCGACCUUCAGACGGAGGUGUUGGUGAAAGCUUCACCUCUUCCCUCUCACUCCACCCUGAGUCCUCCAUCCGCCUCAGUCCCUAAAGUCCAUGUUGAAGUCCCUGCAGUCAGAGAGGAGCCCCGGGCCCGGGCCCCGGCCCCGGCCCCUCAGAUCAAAACUGAACCUGAGGAAUACAACGUGAGUGAACCUGAAGGCCACACGGACUCUCUGACGCACACGUCGGUCACACAGGAAGCGUUCAGGAACAGAUCAGACGGAGGCAGGACGGUGGUGGUGCGUGCAGAGCGACGUGAGGUCCAUGGAAGCAGGAAGUCAUCUCAGGAAAAUCCUCCAGCUGAUGAUGUCACUGCAGCCGGGUACUUCCCAGAACUGGUCCACCGCUGUCCGCGCUGCGGCGAGGCGUUCGGCCAGGCCGGCAGCCUCCGCCUCCACCUGGAGCAGAAGAGAAAAGCCUACGCCUGCGAGUGGUGCUGCAAAUCCUUCGCACAGUCGGCGGACCUGCGGCGUCACCUGCGCACGCACACGGGCGAGAGGCCGCACCGCUGCACCUUCUGCUCCAAGAGCUUCAGCCAGAGAGGAAACCUGCGGCGACACCUCCGCAUCCACACGGGCGAGCGUCCGUACAGCUGCCCGCACUGCUGCCGCACCUUCAGCGACGGCGACACCAUGAAGAAACACAAGCGCACACACUCAGGAGAGAAGGCGUACCGCUGCGUCCAGUGCUCCAAGACCUUCAGCAGCGCCAGCAGCCUGCAGAUACACCUGAAGAAGGACAUGUGCUACAUGGCUAACGCCUGAUUGGUCCACACAGAGACACAUCACUCAGAAUAAAGACCAAUGAAAGGAAGUGAGCAGGACACAGAUAUACAAACAUGUUUAUUAUGAGCGUCAUCACGUGAACGUCUUUACUCACUAAACAGAUGAAACAUCGUCCACCCUCAAAACAUCGCAGUCAAACUCACCGUGUCGUAAACGUGUCGCUGCAUCCCGACACGUUCGGUCCGAGCUCGUCAGUCCAGAACGCUCUCAUCCAAGUCCUGAACUGAAGAUCUUCUGUGUUGGCGACUUCACACCAGACUGCAUUCAAAAAUGUGGCAAUUUAAUGUAACAUUUGAUGUUGAAAGCAUACAAACCUGGUUAGAUGUAGUGACGCCACAUUUUAAAUGUUAUCUUGUCAGAUAAUCCAGUGGUUAACCUCGGCUGAUGCUCGCUGUCAGAGGAGGAAGUCUGAUGUUUCCUCUUUCAGUCAAGAGAUGAAACGUCUUCAUGAAACUGAAACGAGUCCAGUUGUCACGACAGAGUUCGGAAAGAGCUGUUCUCACAUUCUUUACAAAGUAAAAUGUUCCAUUUACAAACACACAUGUGUUACAAGCAAACAUACCGACAAUUAAGUCGCUGUGAACAAGUUGAGAUGUUUAGUGUGUAAAGACGUCGACCGGCUGGCCACGCAGCUCCGUGGUGCAGCUCCGUGGUGCAGCUCCGUGGUGCAGCUCCGUGGUGCAGCUCCGUGGUGCAGCUCCGUGGUGCAGCUCCGUGGUGCAGCUCCGUGGUGCAGCUCCGUGACGCAGCUCUGUGGUGCAGCUCCGUGGUGCAGCUCCGUGGUGCAGCUCCGUGGUGCAGCUCCGUGGUGCAGCUCCGUGACGCAGCUCCGUGGUGCAGCUCCGUGGCGCAGCUCCGUGGCGCAGCUCCGUGGUGCAGCUCCGUGGCGCAGCUCCGUGGUGCAGCUCCGUGACGCAGCUCUGUGACGCAGCUCCGUGACAUGGCCUCAGUUUAUUCUUGCGGUUUAAAAGAUCUAUUUGACCUUUUGAGGACGACCUUUAUGGACCGUAAUGAGCAGCCAAUCAGUGGCGAGAUUCCAGGACUCAGUCACGUCCCUGCUGAGCGUCUUUAAUGCACUUUGUGUCUCCGGAUCGGGACAGGAUGCAGUUUAUUGGCAGCUACACUGAUUUCUUCCACGCCUUCAUAUUUAUUGAUCUAUUUAUUUUUAUUGUAAAGUUUAGUUUCCAGGCAGAUCUGUGGGGAGACGACAGCUGACAGAACUGACUGCUGCUUCUGAAGCAGACGAGGACUUUCACAAAGAAGGAAGUCAAAUAUUUGUCACUUUGCACCAAGCGUGAAAUGAGGAAAAAGUUCCUGAACUGGUUCUGAUGAUGAAAGUUUCCUCAGUUCUAGUCGGAUUCAAAAGAAUUCACAGCACAAAUCAGUGUGUCGUCAGUGAUACCUCUUAGUUACCAGAACAUGUUACAUCUUCUGAAACACAGUCGUCAAUAAAGUAACUCGUUCAGAUGUGAUGCUGCAUUUGACUGAAUUUAUUAGCAACUCUCAGAGCUCCAGACUGACUGGUUCUACUGGUUCUACUGGUUCUACUGUCACACCCAAAAAUACAAAUUACCUCAAAGGUGCAACAUGUUAGAACGAGCCAGCUUCCUCAUCGUGCUCCAGGCAAACGGACGUGCUGACAGGUGGCAGGUGACGCCACAUCUGUCUGCUCGUCUCGUCUGCUGUUUCCAGAUGUGACCUGAAGCUUUCUGCUCUCCUACCAAUAGAAUCAUACAUUAUUUAUUUUCUGUCAAUUAUCAGUGUUGAAUUCAGUCUGAUCUGGUUCUGGAAUGAUUCCGACCCGGCUGACAGGAAGCUGCUUCACGCCGCAGAGACGACAGACGGCAGAUUUGUGAGAUUUCACAGUAAACAAGAACAAACUGGUCGUCUGUCGGCGGAUCAGCAGCGUCAGAGUGUCGAGAGUUCGUCUCUGAUCACUGUUUUGUAUUGAUGUGAAACAUUUUGGGUUUUUUAGGCAAAGUAAAUGUUUAGUGAAACUGUCUGACUUUAACACCGCACAAAGUCUUUGUAGUUAGAUUUUAGGUUGAUUCAUAACAAAGAUCAGAUUUUAAAGGUAUUGACAUUUUUCUGUAAAAACACAGUAAAU